AAUGACGUCAACAGCGCUGUCGGCCAUCUUUGGCGGGAGAGAAGAGGAAGCCGCGGAGCUUAAAGUGGUGUUUUAUGAAGAUCACAGUUGUGGAACAAGGUUACUGACGUAGUCACCAACAGCUGGUUUUAGGUAGACGAGUUGUUGAUGAGUGUCCCUUAAGCUGAGCUCUUGAAUGUUGUGUGGAUGCUUUGCGGCUGGUCGGUAGCUGAGCCAGAUGAGGCUGUCUGGUUCCUUUAGAUGUUGGGAGGCUUGUGUAACUAACAACUGGUUACUUCUGUAAACUUUGUCUAGCGAGGUACUAACAGGGCACUAUUGACUACUGGCUGUGUAGGAAGAGACCACCAUGCCUUCCAGUUGUGCUGUCAUUAACUGCACCUCCCAGAAGUAUUCCAGAAACUCUGACGAGACUCUGUCAUUCCACAGAUUCCCUAAGGACCCUGAGCGGAGGCUGGAGUGGUGUAAUGCUGUUCGCAUGCACACUUCGGCCUUGGAGCCAUUCACACUGUCCGAUAACAGUGUGCUCUGCAGCAAGCACUUCACAGAGGACAUGUUUGAUCGCACUGGUCAGACUGUGCGUCUGCGAGACAAAGCUAUACCCUCUGUCUUCAGUCUACAAGCCAGAAAGAGGACAAAAGAUGAGAAUAGAAAAGAGGGGAUUCCAUAUAAAAAGAGAAACAGUGCAAGACAGCUAAGGAAAAGAGAAAAGAAUUGGGAAGAGAGUAAUAAAGAGACAAUACAAAGCACAGCACCAGGUCUGGGAGAGUUGGCUCUGGCAGCAGAAUUGAUGGAAGAGUGCCAACAGGAGAUUCAGAAGGGCUACCAGAAUGACCACAGUGGCCUUCCCCUCCCGUCUGACCCAGCCCAACUGUGUGGUCUGGUGAGAAAUUUGGCUAAAGAGAGACACUGGCAAGAGGAAACCCUGCUCACACUCCGCAAGGAUCUCAAAGCCAAGGACACUCAGCUGCAGGAGAAGGAGCUGAAGUUGGAGUGGAUGACGCUGAGUCAGAAAGACAUUGAUCAGUCUAAAGUGUGUUCACUGGAGAAAAUGUUGUCUGAACAGCAUCUUGAGCUGCUAAAGUUACAGGAGGAACUGGCGCAUACCAAGAAGCAACUAGAGUCUUUCCAGUGGCUGGCUAGUAUCCGACAGGUCACUCCACCUUCACGUCCCAGCAUGUUUAGUGUGAAGGCUCUUUGUCGUGGGUCUGCAAAAUGGCUUCGUUUCUACACAGGCAUCAACUCGUAUGCACGUUUCCAGGCACUGCUGGCUUUCCUGCAGGGCACAAGUGGAUCUGUCCUGGACUGGAAUGACAAGGAGGAGAAUGAGGGGGGUGAGGAAGAGGAGGAAAGAAUGAGGGAUAAAGAGGAGCGUGUGCCGCCAACUGUACGUGCAGACUACCCUCAGACUAAAACAACAGAAGAGCCAAAGGUUAAGACAUCAGAGGAUGAUACAUCAGCAGCAUUGCCUGUUACUGAACCAGACUGGACCCCGGAGGAGACAGCAGAUACAGUGCGUCUGCGGUUCUUGGGUACACGGCGGGCAGACGAAGGCAGACGACAUGCUCUCAGCCCAGAGGACCAGCUCCUGCUGGUACUUACCCGCUUCCGCCUAGGCCUCCUCACUUCAGACCUAUCCUUCCGCUUUCACGUGGCAGAGGCUACUGUGUCUCGUGUGUGGGUCCACUGGGUGGAGCUCAUGCAGAAGAGACUGCAACAGAUCCCAGUGCGUUGUAGCCCGCACUACGUCUCAGUCUUCCAACCCAAACACACUUUGUCUCUUGGCUCCAGUCAACAGCUGACCAUAUUAGAAUGUGCUGACCUCCUCUGUGACUCCUCAAACCGAGAGCGGCUACAAGUGGCCAGGAGGCCAUGUGCCGCCUCAGACCGACAACACUUAUCAGCACUACCAUACCGCUUCCUCUGCCAAGUCCGUGCCUGCGCUGUGGCCUCAUCAAAUGGUUACCUAGGCUUCUGCAGUUCUACCCGCCUGGAGGAGUGGCAGGAGCAGACAGCCAGUGGGGAUGAGUCCAAACCUUCCUCUCUGGUCUUACCUGCGUUUGUGACGGGUGGAGAGGGGUCAGAGCCUAUUGCUGGUAUGCCAGUACGAGAAGUGCUGAGUAUUAAAAGUCUGACAGAUAAAGUGAUGAAAUAUCAUUAUCUGAGGGUAGUCCAUCCUUACAGAUCAGAGACUCUACUGGACCAAGCCUGGGAAGUGUGCUGCUACCUGGCCUGUCUACUGCAUCAGCCAAUGGGGCUUCACUAGACUCUCUAUGCCCAUCUUACUCCAUACUGUAAUAUAGAUUCUGCCAAAAUAAACACAGUCUCCAUAUCUGGCAUUGUAGCUUCUUUCUGCAGGCCCCGUAGUGGUAGCUGGAAUGAGAACGGACUUGUAUAUUUUAAAUUGAUUUGAUAAAAUAAAAUGUUUUUUCUCUGUGAUUAGAUUAAGUAGGACAUGGUUCUCUGUAUAUAAACCAUGAUUCUUAAUCCUCUAGGAUAUGCUGAAAAAUAUAGCACUUUAAUUGCAAAAGAAAAUUCUUAGAAACCUUCUUGAAUGAGUGCUAUGUUUGCAGCCGCAUGUGGUGAUGAUUAACAGUCUUCAGACCUUACCCCAAUGUCAUUAUGCAAUGACAGCUCUGCACUAAUUCAUAGGUUAAUGGGGCAUAGAUCCACAGUCCAUGGGUAAUUUGAUUGUUGAACAGUGACUGCAAAACUUUCCAUCAUAGUCCAAUAACAGUAGAGUGUUUUUGUAUUGUCUAGAAAAAUAGACUUUUUAUUUGUAUUCUUGGUACAGUUCCUGUCAUGAUACUAGUUUUUGCAAAGAGUUGACACAAACCCAAUCUGCUGCUGUUUACAGCAAAGUGCUGACCUUACAGGGACUUCCCCUUAAGUGAACUUGCUAAAGAGUUGUGAAAUUUCAGUUGAGCUUUGUUUCCAAAAAGGGCUAACCAAUAGGAUUGGACUUUACAUUUCUUCCAGUUUUAGAGUGUAACUUUAUUUAUUUGUUUUGGUCAUGUUUUCCAUUGCCUGUUUGACGCAUGUCUCCCACAGUUGACAGUUAUUCUGAAGAACAAUGUGCGUGGGCUACCAGUCCAUAAACUGCUUUGUAGCUAAAUUCCAUAGCUAUAGAAAUGAAAGUGGCUUUUAUCCUGUAACUCAUGUACAGGUGGGUGAAUUCAAGCCUGGUGGUCUUCUGCAGAGCACACAUCCUGCAUGAUGCACUGCAGAGAAAUAAAGAGGAAAUGGUAGA